GUUUCAUGUUGGCCUGUCAGUGUGGGUGUAGCUGUAUAUAAAAGUGAGAUGCACCUCCACGGGUUCAGUCUCGGAGCACCAGCUGAGCAAUGCACGGAGCAGACUUGUAACCAGCCUACGUCAUCUUCACCAUGAAGAUAGCCACAGUGCCAAUCCUUCUGACUCUGGCUCUUUGCUUCAUACAAGAUGCUGCCAGUGAGGAGGAAAAUCAGGAAACCUGCGAUGAAUUUCAGAAAUUAAUGAAAAAUGGAAAAUUGUUCUGUCCGAAGGAUAAAUAUCUUUUUCAGAGUCCUGAUGGAUUAAUGCUCCUCAACAAAUGUGCCACAUGCAAAGUGAUCUUGGAAAAGGAAGCCAAAUUCCAGAAAAGGGCAAGGCAUUUAGCAAGAGCCACCAGGGCCACUGCGCCAGCAAAGCUGAAUUGUGAUAAUUUCAGUAAGGGACAACGAGAUGGGGAAUUUAUCUGUACCCUUGAUAAUGCAGCUGUUUGUGGCACAGAUGGCAAAACAUAUGGCAGCAGAUGUGCUCUGUGUGCAGAGAAUGCGAAGACCAGGUCCCAUGUUGAUGUAAAAAGUGAAGGGGAAUGUGAGAACAGUCAUCCAGAACAGGAUAUAUGUAGUGCUUUCCGGCCCUAUGUGAAGGACGGAAGACUUGGGUGCACAAGGGAAAAUGAUCCAGUUCUUGGUCCUGAUGGGAAGACACAUGGCAAUAAAUGUGCAAUGUGUGCGGAACUGUUUUUAAAAGAAGCUGAAGAGAAGGCCAAGCAAGAAGGUGCAACCAGAAUUCGAAGAAAUGCUGAAAAGGAUUUUUGCAAGGAAUAUGAGAACCAAGUGAGAAAUGGGAGACUUUUUUGUACACGAGAGAGUGACCCAGUCCGUGGCCCUGACGGCAGGAUGCAUGGCAACAAAUGUGCCCUGUGUGCAGAAGUCUUCCAACGGCGUUUUUCAGAAGCAAAAAAUAAAGCAGAUGAAAACCUGAGGAAGGCUGAGGAAAAAGAUAAAGUUAAAAGAGAAACUGAGAAACUCUGCAGUGAAUAUAAAGAUCAUGCAAAGAAUGGAAUUCUUUUCUGUACUAGAGAAAAUGACCCUGUUCAUGGUCCAGAUGGUAAAAUGCAUGGCAACUUAUGCUCCAUGUGUCAAGCCUUCUUCCAAGCAGAAGCUGAAGAAGAGAAAAAGGCUGAAGCAGAAGAAAGAAAUAAAAGAGAAUCUGAUAAAGCUCACUCGUAUGAAGAGCUGUGCAGUGAAUACCGCAAGCUUGUGAGGAAUGGAAAAUUGCCGUGCACCAGAGAGAACGACCCCGUUGAGGGUCCAGAUGGGAAAAUGCAUGGCAACACCUGCUCCAUGUGUGGGGCCUUCUUCCGAUCAGAAGAAGAAAAGAAAAAGAAGGAAGGUGAAUCAAGACAUAGAAGACAAUCUGUGAAUACAACUUCAUUUGAGGAGUUGUGCAGUGAAUACCGCAAAUCUAUGAGGAAUGGACAGCUUCUUUGCACGAGAGAGAAUGACCCCAUCCGUGGCCCAGAUGGGAAAAUGCAUGGCAAUACCUGUUCCAUGUGUGAAGCCUUCUUUAAACAAGGAGAAAGAACAAGAGCAAAGGCUAAAAGGGAAGCUGCAAAGGAUCUCUGUCAUGAAUUUCGGGACCAAGUGAGGGACGGAGUGCUCACAUGCACCAGGGAGAAUGACCCUGUCCGUGACCUAGAUGGCAAAAUGCAUGGAAACAAGUGUUCCAUGUGUGCACAUUUGUUCAAACUUGAAGAAGAAGAAAAGAAAAAUAAUGACAAGGAAGAAAAGGAAAAAGUUGAGGCUGAAAAAGUUAAGAGAGAAGCAGUACAGGAACUGUGCAGCAAAUACCGCAACUAUGUAAGAAAUGGACAGCUCACCUGCACCAGAGAAAAUGACCCCAUCCAGGGUCCAGAUGGGAAAAUCCAUGGCAAUCCCUGCUUCAUGUGUGAGGCCCUCUUCCAGCAAGAAGCAAAAGAAGCAGAAUCCAGAGCAAAAUCUAAAAGAGAAGCAGAAAAGGAUAUGUGUAGUGAAUUUCGGAGUCUUUUGCAAAAUGGAAAUCUUUUCUGCACACGAGAAAAUGAUCCUGUGCGUGGCCCAGAUGGCAAGACCCACGGCAACAAGUGUGCCAUGUGCAAAGCAGUCUUCCAGAAAGAAGAUGAAGAAAGAAAGAGGAAAAAAGAGGAAGAUCAGAGAGUAGUUCACGAGAAUGCUUCCAAUGGUGGUGGUGGUGGUAGUGGUGGAAAAGCUGAGGACGAAUGUGCUGAGUAUCGGGAAAAAAUGAAACAUGGAAUACUCAGCUGUACUCGGGAGAGCGAUCCUGUACGUGGUGUUGAUGGCAAAUCGUACAACAAUAAGUGUCUCAUGUGCAAAGCAAUACUGCAAAAAGAAGAAGAGGAAAAAAAUAAAGCUAGCUUCAGAACAGAUGGGACUUCAUCAGCCUCGGGAGGGGGUUUAUGUGAAGAAUUUAGAGGUCAAAUGAAAAAUGGGAAACUUAUCUGCACUCGGGAAAAUGACCCUGUCCGAGAUCCAGAUGGCAAGACACAUAACAAUAAGUGUGCCAUGUGUAAAGAAAAACUAGAAAAGGAAGCAGCUGAAAGAAAAAAGAAAGAGGAGGAAGGCCAGAGAAGCACUAGUGGAAAGAACAAUGAAAAGCAGGAUGAGUGCCAAGAAUUCCGUCAUCUGGUAAGAGAGGGAAAGUUUAUCUGCACCAAAGAUUAUGACCCUGUUCGAGGCCCAGAUGGCAAGAUGCACGUCAAUAAGUGUGCUAUGUGUCAGAAAAUCUUUGAGCAUGAAGCUAAUGAAAGAAAAAAGAAUGAUGAAGAAAAAUCGAGCGCCAAGCCCUCAAAUGAUGCAAAGGAUGGGUGCGGGAACUUUCGGGCGUAUAUAAGGAACAACGAGCUCACCUGCACUCGAGAGAAUGACCCUGUGCGUGGUGCAGAUGGAAAGUUUUAUAAGAACAAAUGCCAUAUGUGCAGAACUGUCUUUCAAAAUGAAGUGUUGGAAAGGGCAAGAACUCAUGCAAAGUCAUCUCACAUUAGAGCUUCUGAAGAAGAAGACAGUGCGGAUCACACCAAUUCUUCCCUGGAUUCUGUGAUAUGCAAACGCUAUCGAAUAUUGCCUAGGAUGGGUUACCUUUGCCCAAAGAAUUAUCAGCCUGUCUGUGGUGAUGAUGGACAGACAUACAACAAUCCCUGCAUGCUUUGUCAUGAAAACCUGAUGAACCAAACUAAUGUACGUAUACGUAGUGAAGGGAAGUGUGAGAAGAAUAGCACACCAGGAACA